CUGCUCCAUUUGACCUUGCAAGAUCCUGUCACUCGCAUCGGCUUCAGAUCUUGCUUCUCAAACUGCGUGCUGUCCAAACAACUCCUUGCCAGCAUCACACAUACACCGACACCAUGUCGACAGCACCUCAUCCAACUCUCAUCAACCUACCUCCUCCAAACACAGACCCCAUGACACCGUCGGAUGCGCCUGGUACUCCCAAUUCUACCACGACUUCCAUGUCAGAGCUGUCCACUGUCGCUAUCAAAGACGGUCAUCGCGGCCACCUGCCCCAUUCACACCACUCUCAAGCUCCCACAUCUGGCACUCUAGAUGCCGAACGCGCUGACCGCAUCUCACGCCUUGCUGGCCUCGAGCGCGUGACGACUGCUCGUAAUCCGACUCCAACCUCCAACCUGACACCCGGCCUUGCUGCUCAUCCUUCAGGUGCCACCAGUGGUUACUUUGAUUCCCAAGGAAACCCUGUCUUGGGCCGUGAGCGCAGCACUGUAGGCUCGGCUUCAGCGACUGGUAGUGUCGGCGGCCGAACCACCUGGGCCAGUGAAGGCGAUGUCUUUGAUCACGACAAGAUGAGCGAAAGCCAGGACAUGGACAUGGAUACAUCUAGUGUUGGUGCUGCUUCCGAUACAAACAGCCUUGUUGGCUUCGGAGAAGGUGCUCGUACUCCUGCUCGCUACAGUGCCGUUGGAAGUCCCAGUGUAUCAAAGAGCACCCCCACCGCCUCGUCUCUGUCUCACCCUUUCCAGCGAGACACCAGCCUCACUCCCGUCAGUGCUCAAGCCCAGACAGACGAACAAGGCGUCCAAAUGGUCGACCGUAGAACCCUUGACAGCGGUGCUGAGACGGCUGAGCGCAUCAUUCGCGAACGUCUUGGUCCUGAAGGCGGCCAAAAAGGUCUUGAAUCACCGGACCCCUCUCAUAGUUCUGGCCGCGACCUUGGAAAGUUCUAUUUUGAAUCUGGCAAGUGAUUGGUCCAUUGUCAUCGGCUGCGGAGCCCAUGCAUACACGAGGUACCACCUCUUCUAGCUUGACCGUGCGAAACGAGAAAUGAAAUCGCGUGUAUUCUAGUCUUACAACUACAGGAUGUGUUGCUUCUGGAAGUCAAUUGCUCUUGAACUACAAUCUCGUGCGAACCGAUCGUUCCGUCUCUCUCCCUUCUGGUAAUAUGGGUUCGAUGCGGAGUACUGAGACGUAAGCCUUCACUUUCGGACCAGAAUACAAACGCUGCGUCGGCG